GACAGUAGGCCAUGCUUUUGCUAGCUAGCCAACGAUUUCUAGCGGACUCAGUGUUGUUGUCGCUCAUUGACCUUCGUUCAUUAACUUGCUAGCCAGUUUGCUUUUUACUGGUGAUGAAAGUGAUCGUAUGAGCAAUAUUCAAAAUGGUCUGGAUGAGUAGGACUUGUUUCCGGAAGUAUGGAAACUUCGUGGACAACCUGCGUCUGUAUGUCCGGGGAGGCAGCGGAGGAAUGGGGUUACCCCGGCUCGGGGGGCAGGGAGGGAAAGGCGGAGAUGUUUUGGUGGUGGCAAAAAAAGAAAUUACUCUAAAGAAGAUCAAGGAUAAGUAUCCACAGAAACGCUUCGUCGCUGGAGUAGGAAUGAACAGUAGCGUCCGGGCGCUGAAAGGCGAGAAAGGGCCGGACCAGCAGAUACUGGCGCCCACUGGUGUUACCGUCACUACUGACAAUGGCAAAGUUCUUGGUGAGCUGAAUGUGGAAGGAGACAGUGUGCUGGUGGCCCGAGGGGGGCAGGGGGGGUCCUUCCACUCUGGGUUCCAGCCCAGCCAGGGCCAGUCCAAACAGAUCCGGCUGGACCUCAAACUUAUCGCAGACCUGGGCCUUGUGGGGUUCCCCAAUGCAGGAAAGUCUUCUCUGCUGAAAGCCUUGUCUCAUGCCAAACCCCAGAUUGCCAGCUAUGCAUUCACCACUCUAAGGCCAGAGAUUGGCCAAGUUAUGUAUGAAGACUUUAAACAGAUCUCUGUAGCAGACCUCCCAGGGUUGAUUGAGGGAGCGCACAUGAACAAAGGAAUGGGUCACAAGUUCCUCAAACAUGUGGAAAGGACCAAGCAACUGCUGUUUGUGGUGGAUGUUUGCGGUUUCCAGCUUGCAAGCAACACGCCGUUCAGGUCGGCUUUUGAAGCUGUGCAGCUUUUAACCAAGGAGCUGGAGUUGUACAAAGAGGAGAUCCUCUCCAAGCGUGCUGUGUUGGUGGUGAACAAGAUGGACCUGCCUGAUGCAGAGGACAGGCUGGCUGAGCUGCUGGAGCAACUGAACAACCCGAAUGAGUUCUUCCACCUGCUACCUGAAGACAUGGUUCCCAAGAAGAACAUGCUCUUCAGCGACGUGGUCCCCAUCUCUGCUGCCACCGGACUGGGCAUCCAGCGCCUCAGAACCUGCAUGCGACAGUCAUUGGACGAGCACGCGGCCGAGGGGGCAGACCCCCUGCACCGUGAUAGGCUACAGGCCCUGAGAGGGGCGGUCACAGCCCAGGACACGCCCUCCUGGGGCUCCACCCCCUCUCCCUGAGCAUGCUGGGUUGUGGAGAGUUUCUCUGUUAUCUGGACGUGCAUUCUAGACUGGACGUCAUGGGACAGGUUGGGAUGUUUGGAAAGACUUGUUCAGGUUGAUGCUGGGGAUGGUAGUACCCCAACCCUGGAAGUGUUAUUAGGAGGUGCCAGAGUCUGACACCUGGACACCUCAUGACUGAUCAUCUGUGGACAGAGCCUACAAGCUGGACCAGAACAGAUCAUCAAACAUGAUAUAUUCAGCCUAGGAAUACACCACGAAGACAACCACUUAGUGAAUGAACUCAAACUAAUGAACUUUAAAGUGAGAGGUCCAAAAGUUUACUGUCAUUUAGCAGACGCUCUUAUCCAGAGUACUGUAUGGUAAGAUUUCAUAAUAUGUAUCCGUCAAAUAUAACUUGCAUUAAAGUUGGAAUCACAAACGUCAACAAACAGCCAUAUUGAUGAAAGUUUAAUUUUAUAUUAAAUAUAUUACAAUACUGAAUGAUAUUGUAAGAGAAAAAAAUAUGGGCAUUGAUUUUUGCAUCGUCAGUCUAUGUACAGCAUCACAACAACAACAACCAAAGAACAAAAGACGGCAACAAAUAGGUUGGGUUAGUUCAGGUACAGCCAGGU